CGCCAUUCCCUUCGACGCCAUCUUGAGCAUAUGAUCUUUGUUGUGUGUGCUUUCGCUGUUCCAUUUUAAUUAAAAGUUGUGGAUUAUUCAUUUGAAAUAACUUAAAAAGUAAAAAAUGGCACGUACUAAGCAGACUGCCCGUAAAUCUACCGGAGGUAAAGCUCCUCGUAAACAGCUGGCUACAAAGGCGGCGCGUAAAUCUGCCCCGAGUACUGGUGGUGUCAAGAAACCUCAUCGUUACCGCCCUGGUACAGUGGCACUUCGUGAAAUUCGUCGUUACCAGAAGUCUACGGAAUUGCUUAUUCGUAAGCUGCCUUUCCAACGUCUGGUGAGAGAAAUCGCCCAGGAUUUCAAAACUGAUCUGCGUUUCCAGUCUGCUGCUAUUGGAGCUCUACAGGAAGCCAGUGAGGCAUACUUGGUGGGCUUGUUUGAAGACACCAACUUGUGUGCUAUCCAUGCCAAGCGUGUCACAAUCAUGCCUAAGGACAUUCAGCUGGCCCGACGAAUCCGUGGCGAGCGUGCUUAAAUUUAAAACUAGUGUACUUUAAUCAUAAAUUAUUGGUAAUUCAAUAGAUCUAAAUUCCAUAACAAUUCUUAAUGUCUUGUUUAAUCUUUAUUUACAUUAUAUUCAUUCAUUGUAAUAAAUAAGGAAGAAGCAGAACUGAGUUUUUUUUAAUAAAAUGCAUAUUUUAUUGUAUAAGUUAAUUAAGUUUGUGUAGUAACUAUUGUUUGUCAUGUUCUAAUUUUUCCACAUAUUGGCAUUGGCAGUACUCCAGACAGGAUACUAACUAUUUAAUUAUAAGUUUUCGUAAUUAACAUUUUUAAAUCAUAAGUAGAUUAAAUAGGUAAUGUGAACCAUGUGCAGUGUGAGUUAGUGUUUGGCGUAAUUAAGUUGCAUCUUUCGAUGUGUAAUGAGAAAAUUGGUGUUAAAUAAAUAUGAUUAGGGUCUAAA